GAGAGCGAGUGGGAGAGCGGUGGAGACGGAAACGGCGCAAAGGAACCAAGUUCCGAAACCCAGCAUGGCUUCAGGGAACCUUUAUGAGGUAGAGAGGAUUGUAGACAAAAGGAAGAACAAGAAGGGCAAAUGGGAGUAUCUCAUCAGGUGGAAAGGCUACAGAAGCAAUGAAGACACCUGGGAACCUGAACAUCAUCUACUACAUUGUGAGGAAUUUAUUGAUGAGUUCAAUGUACUACAUGUUACUAGAGAAAAGCGAUCAAGACAUGGGAAACAGGGCAGCACUCAAAAAUUUUUACAGGAAAGCCGAGGGUCAUCUCUUGAGAAAAUAUCACAUAGACCUUCUGAAACUGGGAAGUCUAAAGGGUCAACACACAAAAGGAAGAGAAUUAAUCCAUCUCUUCAAAAACAGAAAAGAGGAUACACAGCAAAGCCAGCAUCUGCUAAUGACAGGGCUGCUAAUACUGUGACUUACCGAACUACUCCCAGUGGUUUACAGAUUAUGCCACUGAAAAAGUCAUAUAAUGGUCUGCAGAAUGGAGAUGGCAGUCAUGAAAAGGAUUCUAGACAUUUCGGGAAUGUCUCACAACAGCACAAUGUGGAUUUAAAUGAUCAUGAAGGAGAACAAAAUUUGCCCAGCAUGUUGGAAGUUAGUAACAAUUCACCUGUUGUGAAUGGAAUUGGUUCUUCUGUGGCCAAUGGAAGCUUGAAUCUGCAUAGCACUGUGAAAAGGAAACUAGACAGGGAGAAAGAUUAUGUCUUUGAUAAGAGACUAAGAUACAGCAUGCGUCAAAACGAAAGUAACUGCCGGUUCCGGGACAUUGUAGUCCGGAAAGAAGAUGGUUUCACACAUAUUUUGCUGUCGAGUCAGAUGUCAGAUAACAAUGCACUGACCCCAGAGGUAAGCAAGUAGCCAUAAAAGCCAAAGAAAGCCAUCCUA